CAUCCAAACACUGAUAUCUUGUGUCUGCUCGGCACAAGCAGUAGCUACCUGCUUUCCUUCUUAAGUUUGGAGUAGGAUUAUUGUGCUUGCUGCACUGAGCUAGCGAAGAGAUGGCCUCCUCCUCUUCCAAGGCUGCUGCACUUGCAGCACUACUCUUCUCCCUCCUUGUCACGUAUGGCUCGUGCGCUCGGCCGGUGAGCUUCAACGCCUCCGCCUUCACCGCCGACCCCAACUGGGAGGCCGCCAGGGCCACCUGGUACGGCGCGCCCACCGGCGCUGGUCCUGACGACGACGGUGGCGCCUGCGGGUUCAAGAAUGUCAACCUGCCGCCGUUCUCGGCCAUGACGUCGUGCGGCAACGAGCCACUGUUCAAGGACGGCAAGGGCUGCGGAUCCUGCUACCAGAUACGGUGCACUAACCACGCUGCGUGCUCCGGCAACCCGGAGACGGUGAUCAUCACCGACAUGAACUACUACCCGGUCGCCAAGUACCACUUCGACCUCAGCGGCACGGCCUUCGGCGCCAUGGCCAAGCCCGGCCGCAGCGACGAGCUCCUCCAUGCCGGCAUCAUCGACAUCCAGUUCAAGAGGGUGCCCUGCAACUACCCCGGGCAGAAGGUGACGUUCCACGUCGAGGAGGGCUCGAACGCCGUCUACCUGGCGGUGCUCGUCGAGUUCGAGGACGGCGAUGGCGACGUGGUGCAGGUGGACCUGAUGGAGGCCAACUCCGGGUCGUGGGCGCCGAUGCGCGAGUCCUGGGGAUCCAUCUGGAGGAUGGACUCCAACCACCGGCUGCAGGCGCCCUUCUCGCUGCGCAUCACCAACGAGUCCGGCAAGCAGCUGGUGGCCAGCAACGUCAUCCCGGCCGACUGGGUGCCCAACACCUACUACCGCUCCAUCAUCCAGUACUAGCGGCCCAUGCCCAUCACCUGGUGCUGCAUGCCCACAAUAAUUCGCUCAUUGAUUUUUGAUUAUUCGUCUGGUGCUGUUUCGUUGUUGCAUUGGAUUGAGGUGCCUUAAUUAACUAGUUCGUAGGUGAGAUAUCAGGUGUCCGGCUGUGCUGGCACUGGCAGUAGUAGGAGUUGUCUGUGUCUGUAAGAGAUUGACGAGUGGGAAAUAGAGGAGGCAAGCUUGUAAUUGUGCUUUCCCGCCCACUGGUAACGGUGUGAGAUCAAGGAUUUAAGAUAUAUAAACACUGUUUUUGUGUA